AAAACUUUACUCGUACACACCCUUUGCCACCCCGCCAUAUCCUCUUUUGACAAAUCUAAUUGUUGGAAAUUUCCGGCUGCAUCCUCUAUUUGAAGGACCUUUUUAUCGAAACCGACAAUCGGUCAAGGCAUUGGGGAAACCGCAUAAAGAUAAUGACUCAAGACCAAUUCGCCAUCACCGUCGGUGUGCUCGCCCUCCAGGGUGCGUUCAGCGAGCAUUUACAACUUUUGCGACAGGCAGCGACCGUGAAGCGCCUGAGUGCGCUACCAGAUGUCAAAUGGACUUUUAUCGAAGUGCGCACGCCCGAACAAUUGGCGCUGUGUGACGGCCUGAUCAUCCCUGGUGGAGAGAGUACGACCAUGUCUCUUGUUGCUGCGCGAUCCAAUCUUUUGGAGCCAUUGAGAGAGUUUGUCAAAGUCCACCGAAAACCCGUAUGGGGUACUUGUGCCGGGCUGAUCCUUCUGGCCGAGUCGGCAAAUCGAACCAAGAAAGGCGGCCAAGAGCUCAUUGGAGGUUUAGACGUUCGAGUGAACCGGAACCACUUUGGCCGACAAGUCGAAAGUUUCGAAGCCAACCUUGACCUUCCUUUUCUCCGCUCCGAAGAGCGCGAAGAUUUCGAUACGAACCGUGUGCCGUUCAAGAGCGUCUUCAUCCGCGCGCCGGUCGUUGAGAUGAUUCUUCCUGCCUACGAGGGCGUCCAAGUCGAGGAGGAAGCCAAGGACGAGACAGUAGUCGCACCGUCGCGGAAGCCUGACAGCGAAGAAGCAAAGAAGGCUAUUGGCGCUCCCGUGGAAGUUAUGGCGACUUUGCCCGGCCGCAGUGCCGCGCUUCCUAACAAGGUGGCAACGGCUCACACAGAGGACAAAGUCGGCGACAUCAUCGCCGUUCGUCAGGCAAAUGUUUUCGGCACUAGUUUCCAUCCUGAGCUCACAGGUGACUCGAGGAUACACGUCUGGUGGCUGGACCAGGUCCGGGCUGCUGUAGGUGCGAUCUGAUCCGCAAGCACUUGCCAACCGAUACUGUAAGAUAGCUUUCAUUGCAUCGUUGUGGAGUUUUGGGGCGGGUUUGUCGAUACCAUUUAGAGGCAUCAUGUCGGCAGAUAGACGUGGUUAUAGAACUUUUUUAUGUGGUAUAUAAGAUACAAGACACCAAUACAUAUGUUAAGAAGCCCGCUAUUCAUGGGGCAUGAA